UGAGAAGGCAUUUGCAGAAUGUGUUGUGGUUGAGGUAUACCCAGGCGGGAAAAGUUUGGCUCUUGAGUACUCCCCUAAGGAUCGAACAUCAAACUUGACUGUUUGUGUGAUGACAACAUCAUCUGCGUUCAGUUUCUCGGAAUAUGACAAUGAUCAGUCUGUAGUCAUUCCUUAUGAAACAAGAAACACGCCAUCAAAUCUCACCAGGACGUUUGUCAAUGCUCCACCAUACCUUCUAUCUGAGGGAGCUAAGAAGGCAUUGCCAGCAUUGUACCCUGAAUGGAAGGCCAACAUGCUGAAAUCCAUGGCUGAUUGUUCACAGGUGUUUACCAGAUUAACAGUGCAGGAACACAACAUUGCACAGGCAGCAAAGAACUUGAUGCAUUGGUACCCAGAGAGUUACAAUGGGCACUUGUUUACGUUCUUACCGAGUCAGUUAACCCAGUCAAAACUGGUUUAUCCUCAACCGGAACAGAUGUUCUCCAACGUGUCCGUCCAUAGACUGUGUUUUGCCGAGAAUGAGCUGUUACUGUCCUCAGGUUACCAUGAUCAAACCUUGUUUGAGAUGCCGCUAAAAUUAGCCUUACAUUAUGUAGACAUUCCUGGGAUACCUCCGGAUAAAUCUUUACCAGUGGACGUCCUAUUUGGAGAAGGUCUGAACGUGUGGACCUAUGUUGCUCUUAUAGCCACCAAGCUGUACCUGCCUUCUUAUAAGAAGAUGAUACCUGAUGACUCGGGAAAAUUUUCACGCGAACAAAUAGAACAGGUUCUAUACAACAUGCUGCAGACAUAUACCUCGCUGUGUGGGAUAUAUGCGGCAUCAUGGGGUGGCAUACAGUACUCACAGAUGAGCGAAGUUCGCGACGUACGUAGAGCUAUUCAACAUGAGGAUAAAUAUCUUGUGCAACUUACUCAAGCUCAGCAGUUUGACCCCCACGUGCUCAUUCAAAAGGGAGAUUUUGCAAUAUGUAAAGCACAUCUGAUGAAUUAUGGGAUUAGUGAUAACGAAAAUCUCUAUUUCAAAGAUGAAGUAGAAUUCAAGUAUCAGUUCUUCGAGCCAUAUAUUGAUCAUGUGACCUUAUUUUUAUGGUGUCAUGAAGAGUUGAAGCAGCUACCAGAGGAUUUUUUCAAGCGAUUUGCAAAUUUGAUACAUUUCAAACUCGGGGAGUAUGGUACAAUUAUGUCCAAGUUCAAGAAGCUUCCGGAAGGCAUUGGUUCAGCAAAAAAACUGAGGUAUGUUGAAAUAUAUGAUGUUGCCAUGGAGAAACUGCCAGAUGACAUCUUCAUGGGGAAGAAUGUUGAAACAUUGCUGUGUUCGAACCUUCCGGUGAAAACAUUACCAACACAGUGGCCAACAGAGAGCAAGCUGAGUAAACUCUCCUUAUGUGGGCUGUUGAUUGACAAGUUACCAGAAGAGAUAGGUCAACUGAGUGAGUUAAAGGAGUUUGACCUCUGUCGUAAUCCAAUCACAGAUCUUCCUGGUGCUCUACAGAAACUGAAAAAACUCACAUUUCUUAGUUUACAAGGGUGCCCGCUGCUUAUUCUUGAAGGAAAACGUACAUCAGUUCGUACAACACACCCACAGUUUGAGCACUGGUAUAGUCAGAACCCCUACAUUCGUUAUAAGCUUGGAUUCGAUGACAAAGACAAGCUUUUUGGUGUAUUUGAUGCAAAUCACAAUGGAAGUCUGGAUGAAGAGGAGAUUGCAGCGCUAAAUUUAGAAUUCUUCUUCAAAGUUCCUCGUCUUGGUAUUACAGACAUCAAUGAUGAGGUGACUGGUGGUAUACCUCCAGUGGUUUUCAAUUUGAAGAGUCUUGUUGAACUUCAUUUGGAAUACAACGCCAUCACUAUGGUACCACAGGCUAUCAACAACCUGUCAAACUUGAAACUGUUGGGUCUCAGUCAUAACCCACUGUUAGAGUCCCUGCCAGGAUCUCUUGGACAUUUGCCAAAUAUUCAAAAGAUUAGUCUUACAAGCUGUCCAAUGCUGCGUACCCCACCGGCUGAAAUUGUUGGCCGUGGUUUCCAGUCAGUGAAAGCCUAUUUAAAGAGACUGGCUGGAGGUUUUACAGAAUGUCGCCGGACCAAACUCAUGGUGGUCGGUUUAGGAGGAGCUGGUAAAACAAGUUUGUUACGAGCUUUGAUGAGCGACAAAAAGAAGACUCAGGGAACCGAGAAGGAAAUUCCUACAGAUGGUAUUGAUAUUGUACCAUGGACCGUCUCCAACAGUGAGGGACAGGAAGUCACAUACAGUACAUGGGAUUUUGCGGGACAGGCUGUGUACUAUAACACGCAUCAGUUUUUCCUCUCCAAGAGAGCGGUUUACUUGUUGCUAUGGAGUAUGAGACAAGGUUACGAGCAUGCAGGUCUCGAUUUCUGGCUCAGUUCUAUUUGUUGUCACGCACCAGGAACACCAAUCAUAGUUGUCGGAACACAGUGUGAUCUGAUUCCCAAAGCUGAAAUUCCGGAGAAAGAAUUGAUUGAGAGGUAUCCACAAAUUGCUAGUUUCCACAGAGUUAGUGCUAUUGAAGGCACUGGUAUUGAAGCAUUACAGAACAAUCUGUUAGAUGUGACGUUACAACAAGGUUACAUGGGAGAGAAAAUCCCUCAAGUGUGGCUCAACUUCGAGAGAAGAAUUAUUGCUGAACGUUUCACAAAGAAGAACUAUAUUAAGUGGGAGGUUGCCCGUAGUUACGCAAUGGAGCAAGGUAUAUAUGAUGAGAAAGACGUACGUAUGGCGAUACAACUUCUACACGAUCUGGGUACUGUUCAGUAUUUUGAUAACGAUUUCUUGAGGGACUAUGUAGUCAUCAAUCCACAGUGGAUAGUUAAUGUUAUGGCCUGUGUUGUGUCAGCACAAGACUCACCUAUACAGAAAAACAAUGGUAGAUUUCUGCACAGUGAUAUUCCUACUGUAUGGAAGGAAUAUGAUGUUGACCUACAUGAAUGGUUGCUUCGGCUGACUGAAGACUUUGAUCUGACAUUUCCACUUCCCAAGGAACCAGUUAAUAUUGUUCCAUGUCUGUUACCAGGGGAACCACCUGAAGAUUUAAAAUGGCCGAGUGUAAAAGAUCAGGAGGGUGUAAGAGAAACUAAGAUGGUAUACAGGUUUACCUACCUUCCUUCGGGACUCUUCAACAGGGCUCAGGUGAGACUGUUCCAGUUUUCAGAUGGUAAGAUGGUAUGGAAGAAGGGUUCAUUGCUCAGUAAAAACAAACAUCUUGCUCUUAUAAAACAAGCUGAUAACAAAGAGCUUGUAGUGUUUGUACAAGGCCCGAGACCGGAGAACGUACUGUUUCUGAUCCAUGAAGUAUUCGAGAGCAUCAUAGAGGAAUCAUUUAAUGGAGUAUCCUACGAUAUGUUCUUACCAUGUCCUGACUGUGUUACAAAAGAGGGAGCAUUGGAACCAGACUUAUUGAAUGCUAAACUGAUACAGAGGGCUAUUGAUAUGAAGGCACCCUUUAUACAGUGCUAUAAAUACUUCCACUGGAUUUCAAUGGCACAACUUCAAGAGAAGCUACCAGCUGAUACGAAGGAAGUUGCUGAUUUUGACAUCCAGUUACAGCAGAGUAUAGUCGCCCUACAAGAGUUAAACAAUGAUCUGGUUGUUGAUACAGCUAUAUUGUAUAGUAUGGCAGAUGUUCCAGGUCCAGACGAGACGGACAAGCUGCCUCCUAAACUAAUCUAUGAAGAUAUUAUAAAAUGGGGCUAUACUUGCUGGUUUUCUGAAGAUAUGAACAAUGUCAGUGCAGUCGAUAUGACAGCUGCGAUCAAAAACUGUAAAGUUCUGAUUGCUCUCGUGUCUGACGAGUUUGAACGAGAUGCUAAAUGUCGUGACCUAUUUCUGUACGCUAAAGAUACCAUGAACAAAGAUGUCAUCACUAUUGUACUCGGUGAAAGUAUGGAAUGGGAAAACAAAGAUCUUGGCAUGAAAAUUGGCAAACAAGAGCGUAAGUUAAUGGCAAAGACCAAAGCAAGAUACGAGGUUGAGGGUGGAAGGAGAGCGGAAUUUAAAGAAUGGCUGACAGAAAAGAUAUUACUGCUUUCACAGGAGGACACAUUAUUACCAGAUGUAUUUGUAAGUUAUUGUUGGAGCAACUCUAAGAGUGCUGCUGAGAAAUCUGGACGUAUAAAUCCGGACUCACUAGGUUGGGGUGAUCCACGUCAGAUGAAAGCUGUAUUACAAAAACAAGGCAUAAACUGCUGGAUUGAUGUAGAAAAUGUUGGGAAAGAUAAGAAAGGAAUAUUUGCAGACAUGGCUGCUGGUAUUAGAAACAGUAAAAUGAUGUUAGCAUUCAUCUCUGACGAGUAUGCAGAAUCGGUCAAUUGUAUGAUGGAAUUACGAUUCGGAAUUAUAAAUAUUGAGCUGCCAUUGGUUGCUGUAGCAGUCGGAACAAAAUCUGGCUGGAAACAAACUGAGGUUGCUAUGUUACUGCGUAGAGCUCAUGCUAAUGAGGUCUCUUUACAGAAUGAAAAUCCUGAGGGAAUUAAUGUCAUGGUCAAAUAUGUCCAAGACAUGUUACAGAAGGAGAAAUUGUCAGGUAGUAAAAAGAAGAAUAAAAAGAAGACACAGGAUGCUGUUGAUCUACUCAAGAAAGGGAUGGAGUCAAAGAAAGAAACCAAAACUUCCUCUGUGGCCUAUCAGGAAGAGGUUGAGCUUAUUCAGAGAAAGUUUAUGAGGCAUAUACUGGGUUCUAUAAUUGCUGUGGAUACAAUGCCAUUACCUAGACUGAUUGUUGUAGACUUUGUAAAAUCUGGAAAACAGAAAAAUGACGAAGGUAGGGACAGCAAAAUCGGUUCAAAGUCACGAAAAAUGCUCCGCCCAAAGACAGCGACAAAGUCUCGAGACAGACUUCAGGUUGAUGAUGAUGUAUUAAACGAGGAGGAAGAUGAUUGGACGAAGGAAAGUUUGUGUAUCCGUCUGCUGUGUGAACACGAGGGCGGUUGGCAUGUAUGUGAGGAGAUGUACCCACUCGCGUUCAGGACACGAGAUCAGAUGGAACAAUUUCUGACAAAAGCCUCGCCCUAUCUCUACAGAAUAUAUACAAUCCUGAAACAAGGACCGAUCAAGUUGAAAUGUUUUGGUCAAGGGAAAGGAGAGGCAUUUCAAAAGUGGAUCCUACAGGAAUCUGAGGAGAAUCUUGACUUUAUUGGUUCCAUGAUGCAUCUGAGAUCUCAUCUUGACACUGAGGAAGCCACAGACUUUGUUAGCUGUCUAGCUAGGUGUCGUCUGCCCAGUGGAAAGAUUGUCUGGCUCUGUGAGAAACACCAGCACGAGGAGCAUGUUGCCAAACUGAGCAUUGACUCGCGUGGAAGUUCACAUAACUACGUCAGUGUUCUCUUCAAUGAAGAUAAAUUUCUUCUGGAGCAGUUGGAAAAAUCAGAGGAAUAUAAGAGACGUAAAGCAAUAAAAUCUAAUAAGGUGGCACCAAAUUUACCAAAGCCACCACCAAUACCAAUGUUCAUGCCGGCUCAACCAAUUCCUGUACCGGAACCUGACAAGAAACCAACUCCAAAAUCAUCACCAAGGGCGUCUCCAAGGUCGUCCCCAGUACCACCAAAAACAGAUGAUAAGAGCAAAGCCAAGUCGGAAACUGUUGAUAAAGAUGUUAAUGAAGACAAACCAUUAUUGAAGGUGAAUGAUUUAAUUGUAGACAAACAAGAGUUACCGGAAGAUAAAGAUAAGAAAGAAACAAAUAAACCAGAUUUGAAAACUGAAGAAAAAGACGCAAAUGUAGAUACAAAUAAUGUUGACAUUACAAAAACAGAAAACCUAAUAAAGAAUGACGCAAAGUUAGAAAAAGCAAAUAAUGAAGAUAUUCCAAAAAAAACGGAUGAUAAUAAAGAGGACGUACAAGAAGAAAAUAAGGAAGGCAAGGACAAUAUAAUACCUGAAGAGAAAAGAGAAGAUGUUAUCCUAACUCAGGAGGAUGUCAUGAAAAUUUCUGGUACCAAAACAAAGCAAAGGAAGAAGUCUAAAGACAUAAAUGAAGACAGUGCAAAAGACAAAAUCAAGAAGAUGAUCUUGCAUUCAGAUUCAAAAGCUAUGAUGAAAGCCAUGCGGAAACCUGUUCGCUCGGUUUCUCAGAAAGGAUUUGGUAUUCAGGUUUCUGACAUGAAAUCUCUGCAACGGAAACAAAGCUCUAACAAUUUUAGUAGCGUUAUGAGAGGGAGCAAUGUGAAAAGAUUGCACUCUGAAGGAAGUCAAAAAGAUGAGAGCAGUUCCGCUAACAGCAGAACAUCUUCUCAAGGAAGUUCUGUCCAACUUGACUCAAUGCUACAGAUAAGCACUGUAAAUAAAACAAAUACUGAUGGAAAUGAAGCAGAAAACGUUUUAAGUAAAUCACAACCUGGUAAAGUUAGUUCAAAAUCUAAUGAUUCCAGUAAAGAAGAUGUGUUCCCAUUGGACAGAGUUAGACCCAAGAAAAUCAAAGUUCAACCAAAACGCUCAAUCAGCGAGGGUCACAACCCUCGGCAAAAUAUGACAGCAACAGGGAUAGGUAUGGGGACCGUACAGAGUUCGAGUAUGCCGCUACCUGAAAGGCAAGGCAGUCAAGCUUGUGUCCUUCAGUAAAGUACAUGUUGAACUUGACAUAUCUACUCAAUAUUUAAUGAGAAUCACUUUUUUUCAGCAUAAAUU